AUGGCCUCAAAUAAGCCACAAGCUCGUAGUACCAGUGAUCUAGUAGGACUACUGCCCAAUUCAUUCUCGAGAACACCAUUUGAAUUGUUGAAUGACCAGGCCUAUAUCUCAACAUAUUCGUCGACACCAAAUAUCAAAAUGGCUGGCAUUAACCAGCAGAGCCGUUCCGAGUAUUCUGCCCCGGAUUUGGCGUGCACUCGCUGCAGAGAACGCAAAAUUCGUUGUGGUCGAGAGCGUCCUGAAUGUAAUAAUUGCGAACGAGAUGGAGGCGCUACCUGUGUCUACCAAAACCCUGCCAAGAGGGUGAACCAUCUCAAGCUGCUAUGUGAUAAUUUCGACCUACUCCAGGGUCGCUUGGGUAAUAUGGAGACAAGUAUCGCCCGUCUUGCCGCCGCCACAGUUCGUGGGACGGACAGGGAGAACAGUGCCUCGCCGUCCCAAAGCGCGAUACAGCAGAAUCACUCUGAUGACGAAACGGGCGAUGUAGAAGGUCCAUCAGAAGUCGACAAUGAUUGCGAAUUGCACGUAUUCCGAAACAAAAACGAUAUGGCCGACCGCUACCACGGACCCUCGUCACUCUUUGUGCUCUGCAAACAAUUCUGCACGCACUUCUCGAGUGAAAAUAAAGCGAUUAUAUCUGGUACCCACAUGCAGGAGUUGCUUCACAGCUUAUGUGAAGCUGCUGGGGUGUCUGAACCUUUCCCGUUCCACGUUGUUCAGCCUCAUGUUCAUCUCGUUCCAAAGCAACAAGCGGUUACCGCAGUUGGCCAUUUUCUGCAACAUCUUGAUAUUAAGACCGACAUAUUCUCGAAAAGCAAUCUUCUAGCUAACCUUGAGCGCAUCUACUCACAGCCACCAAAGCCAGGAGACGACGCAUGGGCGACAUGCUUCAAAGCAAUCGCGCUUCUUGUUUUAGGCAUGGAACUCUCGGCGCAGGCAAAGGAUGCACUGUUUUUCGACUUUGCACGUUCCUUUCUCCCGAGCCGCGUGGCGCUAGUGAGCCCUUCACUCCUGAACACCCCUAGGCUCAUCAAUGUUCAAACUUUGAUACUUUUGAGUGUUGCGAUGCAACAAUUCGAUUCUCCCGGAUGGGCAGAUUUAACUUUUACACAUGCUUGCAUGCUUGCAAGAACUAUGGGUCUCCACCACGUCCAGAUGUCGCCGGCCGACACAAAUGCAGAAGAAAACACGGAGCGCGCCAAAGUGUUCCAAUCUCUAUACGUUCAGGAUAGGAGUUUAUGCAUCACACAAGGAGCUGUUUCAUGGCUCCCUACCCAUGACUCCAACAUUGCCUCACAGCUGAGAGCGGCUGUGGGGCGUCAAACUCCUUAUUCCGACCGCAUCCGACUCUCCAUGAUUCAAGAUGAUUUAUACCGUUGGACACACGCCACAAGCCGUCGCAAAUCAAGUUUGAGCAGCAAAUCACAUACUGCAGAUCAGUCAAUCGAGCAACAGCUAAACGAGUACGCGACAGCAGUCGGCAUUUUUGAUUAUGAGGCCCCAUUUCCACCCCGCCAAGCUAUGUUAAUGCUAGAAUUUCUGGCUACCCGGAUUAUUGCUCUCCAGAGUAGCACGAAACAAGACCAUGAGAUUCGAGUUCGACAGGAUGCAAGAGCUAGCUGCUUGUUGCUCUUAAUUGCACAUGGUGAGCAAGAUCAGGCGAUUACAGAAGCCUUCAAGUCUUCGACGUCUGACGCACCAAUCGCUUCCCCGCGGAAGAAAAGUCUAUCCGCCGUCGAGACUGGAACGAUUCCCUUUGGGAGCUUAUUUGACUCUUUCUCGGUACCAUCGUUCUUCAUCCUUCUGAAAGGCCUAUUCCAGAAUAUCGACGAGAAGGAGGCCACCCAGAAUAACACCGACCUUGACCUUUUGCGGAGAGUCUCGGCUUGUUACAGCAUUCGUACUAGCCGAAUGCAAUGUAAUCAUCGAAAGGUUUCCUGGCUGUUCGAGCAAUUGCUUGUUUUGAUGGACGUACUUAAGAAAGCGCAACAUCACCAAACUGACCCAGGACUUCCAUCUAUACCAAUAGCAGAGAUGAUCCCCCAACAAAUGGCAUCUCAUAUAUCUCAUAUGUCGCCAUUCCAGCCUGACAUGAUGGAUGUAUCGAACGCUCCCGUGGGACCUACACAUGGCCAGCUUCCCAAUCUCCCUUCCAUACUGUCACCGAGUGCAUCACUGUCAUGGGAUAACUGGAUGACCAUGUCAUCGGUGCCCGUGCCCGCUUUGCCGUUUAGUGCGGCAAAUACAGCCGACGGGCAUAGCUCGGACACCCCGGAUAUAUUAGCCCAGAUGCUGAAUACAUCCCAUUCGAUACCUGACCCCUCAGAACUGCCAUCAUAUUUACCAACGCCUGCUUCAGGGUCAUCGAAUGGGCGGAAGCGACGAAAGACCAAUGAAGAAUCUCGCAACCAAGAAGAACAGAAUGGUCUGAGCCCAUUAUCAGACUUCCUUGUUUCUGGCCAAGAGCUUCCGUUUCAUCUCAUAUCAUGA